GAGAAGUCGCUCUCCUUUGGCGGGAACUUCGGCAUCAGCAGAGUCCGCCUCCAGGUGAGGUUCUUGGACUCGUUCUCUGGGUUGUGCUCCUGCCACAGGAGACGCCAGAGCUCGAACCCAUUCUGGCCCUUCACUCCGCGCGCCAGCUUUACAGCUGUGGCGGAGUCCUGGGUCCAGCUGCCCAGCAUGCCGAAGAGGCGGACGCUGAGGGUCCGCACUUCUUCGGUCAUGGCUGUCAUCUGGAGUGGCGCCUUGCACUUUCGAGCUAUUUCCAGCUCUGCUGGAAAGGCAAAGCGCUCCCAGUCGUCCCGCCCCUUAAGGGAGGAGACAGAGACGGCAAGGAGAGAUGCCCCAUCUGUUGGAAAACGGGGCACACCGUAAAAGAGUGUUGGUUCAACGCCAAGGGAAAAGGCAAAAGCACCAAGGGCCAGGUGGCCCAAGUGGCCGACGACGCGGCCACGACAGUGUCAACAGCCUCCUUGGCGACUGCGGGUCCCUCCGCGUCCCAAGCUGGAGGAAGCACCGGCGGCUCUGGCGGCAAAGGCCAGGUGCGCCAGGUGCGUGACGACCGCAUCUUAGGUGUGCGGUUUGCCCCGCCUUACGACACCGAGCCUGAAGAGGACAAGAUCCUAAAGGUGUCGGGGAGUCUUCUUGUGGACUCCGGGGCGUGUGUGUCCGUCUGCAGGCCCGAGGCGUUUCCCGACCUGCAGCCCGCGGGCUCACCAAAGAGCCUUUACUCGGUGGACAACAGCCGCCUGAAAACAAAGGGCCAAGUCCAGCCGAGCCUCCUCUUAGGGGAGGAGCGUCAGUCCUGCAAGGUCAACUUUGAGGUGACCGAGGACAUCGAGGACGAAAUCCUCAGCAUCAGCCGUGCUGUUGAGGCCGGUGCGGGCAUUUGGCUCCACCGAGAGGACAGCCACAUUUUGUGGCCCGACGGCGUCCGAGCCUCGAUCCUCAAGAGAGGGUCACAGUUCCUCCUACCCUACGAGCGGGAGCUCCCGCCGGGGUCAGCAAACCGGGUGGCACCGGUGGCGCCAGAGCCACCGAGCCCAGGCAGAGAUCUGGGACACUACGACUACAUCCCGGAGCACGACCUCGAAGCUCGAGAGGUGGAGGACGCGGCGAUGGAAGCAGCAGCCGACGAAGAGGCCGAAGCUGCUGAAGAGGAGGAGGCUGCGGGUAACCCCGCCCCUCUCGAGGAGCAGGCCGAGCAGCCUGACUCAAGGCCACGCGGCCUAAGGGCACCGCGCAACCCCACGGCGCAGGAACGCGCCGAGCACGAGCUCACUCACACGCCUUACCAGGCGUGGUGCGAGAAGUGCGUGGAGGGAAAGGCGCGCGAGGACCCACACCGCCGCCGUGAGCCCGCUGAUGAUCCGGUGAUGCCGCUUGUCACCAUGGACUAUCAGUUCUACAGCCGGGACGGGAAGGAGGUGGAAGAAGAAGCAUCGCUUGCCACGGUGCUGAACCUCACAGACAGAGCCACUAGCUGGACUCUGUCAAUUCCCGUGGCGCACAAAGGCCACAGACACGCGGCUUACGCCGCAGGGCUUGUGGAGCAGUUCGUGGACCGCCUGGGGUACGACAAGCCUCUGUGGCCCGUGCGGUCCACCGCCGGCUGGGAGCUGCUAGGGUGCGUCUUCGGGACGCCCCUCGCGGGUGAAGUUCGCACUUGGCUCUCGCAGCUAAGAGCGGACUACCCCGCCUUAGAGUGGGACACUUCGUCCAACUUGUUCCCGUGGCUUGUCAGGCACGUGGCCUGGCUGCAAGCACGCUUCGGGACAAAGUCGACGGACGGGGUGACACCAUAUCGGGCAGCCACCGGCACCGACUAUGGUGGAGCACUUUGCUCCUUUGGAGAGACCGUUCUGGCGAAGCUUCCAAGGCCCGGGAACAAAGCGCAAGUGCGCUGGGUCAAAGGGGUCUGGGCCGGCAAGCUGGAGCGCGACGACUCCCACGUAGUGCUGACCGAAGCCGGCGCACUCAACGUGAGGAGUGUCAGGCGGCUCCCGCCGGAACCCGGCACCACACGGCAGCCGUUCUCAAAGCGUGCGGCCUGCCUUGGAACCCCAGAUUUGGAAACGGAGCGGCUAGAACCGCCCGGUGAGCCCUGGCUCUUCAACGACGAGCCACGGCCCGACGACGAGGCCAUCCUGGUCGAAGGGGCCGAGCAAGCCAGCAGGCUCCCGGACGCUAGCCCCACCGAAGCCAACGCAGACGUGCCCGACUACGAGCCGUCAGACGUGGAGGCAGGACCUUCCGCAGCAAGCGCGCUGCCGCAACAAGCGGCAAGCCCGGCCCAAGCCGCCAACGACGGCUCAGGCGAAGGGGGGCAGAAGCGCGACUCUGCGCGAGCGCUCACAGAGCGCGAGGUGUGGCAGCACAUCGCUGCCUUAGCCGACCCGCCGCUCACCAACCACCAAGGCGAGCGGGACGCGUGGGUUGGGCAGGUGACAGACCUGCUAGACCGGAUGCUCGACCCCAAGCAGGUCGAGCAGGCACGCAAGGAGCAGCUAAGAAAGCUGUGGGACCGAGGCGCUUUCACGCCUGUGCUGCGGUCUGAAGUACCGCGCGGGGCGCAGCUGUUCAGGGCAAAGUGGGUCGACAAGUGCGACAAAGGGCGGUACAAGUCAAGGUGUACCUGUGCCGACGUCAAGGCCCGUUACAGCCCAGAACAGGAAGCUGGCUUGGACGUUUUCGUCCCAACGCCAACGCCCGAGAGUCACUCCCUACUUGAGGUAGCAGCGCUACACAACGAAGGGUGGGUCACAAGGUCUCUGGAUAUUGUGGCCGCCUUCCUCAUAGGGAAGGACCGCGGUGCGGCGGAAGGCCGCCCGGUCUACAUGCACGCGCCUGUGGAAUGGCGCGAGCUCUUUGACCAAUGGGUCUUGGAGCAGCCUGCAAAGGACCAGCAGUGGUACCGAGACCACUUCCGGGACUUUGUGUUCCGAGUGGACGGCAACCUCUACGGCCGAAGAACGGCUGGUUCCGUCUACAGGGACGAGCUGGAAGAAGUCCUCACUGGCAAGCUAGCCAAGGACUACGACUUCCAGCGUGGCGUGAAGGACCCGUGCGUGUACCUAGACCGCCGGUCCGGCCUGAUCCUUCUCCACCAUAUCGACGACAUCCGUGUCGCAGGCCCCAAGGCCGCAGUGCUGAAGUUCACGGAGGUGGACCUCCCGACGCACUGUGAGAUAACGGUGGGAGAACUGGAAGAGCCGGGCACAGCGGUGGAGGUCCUUGGAAGGACCAAGGUGCGCACAGAGGACUCAAUCCUCACGCUGCCCGACAGCAAGCACGCAGAGAAUGUGUGCGAGCAGCUGGGCAUCGGUCCAAAAGACAAGGGGACCGUGCCUAGCAGACCUCUAGACCUGACCAAGGUCGAGGAGCUCUCUGCGGGUGACGCCGCGAGGUUUCGCAGCGCCGUGGGUAGUGCUAUCUACCUGUCGGCGGACAGGCGAGACAUACAGUUCAGUUCGCCGUGA